AUGACGGAUGUCUUAGAAGACGCAGGAGCGGAGCCCACACUCGCUCAAAGGCCUGUUUCCGGCGAGAAUUCGCCUAAGCGUACGGUCCUGUAUGCGCGGAAGGGCCCUGGAUCCACGCAGAGACGGGCGGGGCGUCGGGAGCUAGCGGUGCCCAACUGGUUCGACCUUCCCGUGCUGCUUCCUGAGUCACACCCUGUAGCGGCGCGUAUCCAGCGCAAUAUGGUGUCGCGAUUAGGCUCGAGAGAGGAGGAAGAGGAGCGUAAAGUGAGAAAGAUGGGAGCUUUGGUGCUUAAGAACACCACGAGGCGGCGUCAUAGUACGAGAAUCAGGAAACUCGACGGAUUAGGACAUGUAGACAGAAGGAAAAGACUCAGAGAGAAGGUGUGGAAGGAUUUAAGCAGGUUUGGCCUCUGGCCCAUGGCAGGACCGGGUGAUUUUAACGAUCAACAAUCGGUGGAGAAGACGGUGGACGCCAUUUGGAGCCAGUGGCAGGAUAACGCAGAGAAAAUACCAUUGAGUGGUUGGUAUCUUUUUGACGGGCGUGCCUUCGAGGAAGAGUCAUCGAGUUUUGGCUUUUCAGCAACGCGAUUGCAGGCGAAGGUUCAGACCCCCGGACUAAAGCGACGUAAAAGGCUGACGGACUUGCAUCACUUUGUGGAAACUCAACUGCAGAAACGAUUGUUCAGGUCGUGGGAUACGAUUGAAAUCGCAUUUACAGGAAGUGGGGAUAUGACGGUCAAUCAGAUUGUGAAAUUCCUGCAACUUUCGGAUGUUCAACUUGGCAAUAACGACGCAGCCAAAGUCCAAAAGAUACUUGAAGAACAUGAACACUUGAUACGAGGACGGACCAAAUCUAAAGCGGUUUUAUCCUUUGAGGGUUUCCGUCAGAUCUUCCAUCCCGUUGACCCUCUAGAGGCUUCGAGAUGGAAACGUGAGUUCGACAGGGAGAAGUUUCGACAAAGGCAGGAAAAAGACAUUUAUACCCGGGAACUAGAGGCACUGGAAGAGAAAGUUCGGCAACGCUUAGCUACAUCAGCUAAGCAUAUGAUCGAUGUCUUGCAGCAGUUUAAAUGUGACCGAAAAGACAUUCCGUGGGAGAACGAACAACAGCGACAACACAUGCGAUCUCAAUUUUUAGACGUCAUAUUCCGAAAACCACAGCGAAGACGGAUACUCCAACAUGAUACCAGACUGCAGCACUCAGAUUUGACUCAAACGCCAGAAGCACAGACGACGAAUAGUGCUCCUUUAAAGUUAAGUAUCAAGGUGAUCUUGUCGACACUUCUUCAGAAGUUCUCGCGAAAUGGGCACUUCGAGAGCGUCGAGGUUCCCGCGGCGGCAUAUUUGUAUCAUGACUUGGCAGCAGAUAUCAUCAAGCAAAGUAUCCGUCGGUACUGGGAGCAAUUUGAAAUCGACCAAUGGCCUGAGCGACAAAUAAUUUUUCGUUUUCGCAUGAAGAAGCAGAUUUUCUAUGACUGGCGAGCAUUUGCUGAGCGCUCGAGACUCCUGUGCAAAUACGUAUUGCGUAAGUUUGUUGCCUGGAAGUAUAUGACCCGCAAGCUGCAUGAACACUACGCGUUCUAUCGCAUCAGCUUCUGGCCAUUUUACGUUUGGAAGCGUCAUCUCCAGCAAAUGAUCAUUGCGCGUGGUAAAACCGAAUUCCUGAUGAAUGUUUUGCGCACAUAUAUUCAGCUACGAAACUUUCGUGCAUUGAAGCUGAGGUACAAAACGAAGCAAUGGAAUAAAAAACAAAUUACACGCAUGCGAAACAAGAAACUGAAGAAAAUUCGCCGUAUUUGCUGGGCAACCUGGAAAGAUCGAUUCCAACGCUCGCGGUUAAUACGCCAGAUCUGGAAAAACCACGGGAAUACGCUUCAGCAACUACACAAGUUUUACAUGGUGAGGGUGACGUUUUAUAUUCUGCGUUAUUACUCGAUUUUGAAGAGGGAUAUGAAGCAGCGCAAGUACAUGAGCCUCUUAGGUCAAUUCUCCGCUACCGCGAGAGCCAAAGCGCUUGCACAUCAACACCAACGUCAUCAUAAGGGAACAGUCAAUCAUGACCGGGCAGCUCAACAGCGUGGGUCGUUUUAUCCAACUGAUAACGAGCCCUCGAAAGUAUCAGCAACACGCCGUAGUCUCCCAAUGACGACGUAUGAGCCACCUCAGCAUGGAAGAGGAUCGACGGCAGGUGUCAGGAAUACUCGGGGCUCUUUGACGAGAAUUAUGGAGACGGAGUUGGGAAAGAAGAUCAAACGUAAAAGUCGUCUUUACGAUUUGUGUCUCGGGAUGUAUUUGAAAUAUCGCGAACGGGAUCGUAUCAACAUGAUCGGUAAUGUGAUUGCUUAUCGACGCUUUGGUCGUAUCUUUGUGAAGUACUUGCGGACAACGGUACACCAAGGCAAAAUCAACCGUUUUGCUACUGACUUGGGCGCAUUCCACGUGCUGAGCUCUCGUUUCCGUCAGUGGAUGAUAGGCACUGUAUACAAGCUCCCCCCAGCAACACAAGACGGAGUUGAGCCUGUGAAGAAGGAUGAUGAAGCGGAGGAAACUGGAGAAAAAGUUGUUUUGCACUGGCGUGAAGACCGAGAGUGGCGUCUUCUAGCUAUUGCCAAUAACCCGGUUCGAGCUCUACAGCUUCGUCAAGACCUUCUUUCAACAAUGGAGAGCGAUGCCGUGCGAAAAGAAACAAUACGUGGACGGGAGCAACUGCUGACUAAAAAGCAAGCCAAUGAAGAUGCUUUUCUGCGUUUGGAAACCAGCGCAACCUUAAAGAUUAAGGCAGCGCAGAUGCAGCAAGUGCAGCAAAUUAUGCGGCGACGGGCACAUCGUCUGCAUGAUGCGAUGGAUAAUGUCUACGAUGUUUUGCUGCAGCAGCAAGCACGACAACAGCUGAAAUCAAGCUUUCGUAGCCUCCGUGUCGUCGUUAUGAUGAAGUACACGAGUAUGCUGUGCCAUUGUGCACAGAUCCGCAACUGGCUUCGUCUUUGCCAUCGCUUCAUGUACUGGGAAAGGAACAUGGGUGUAUUUUAUAAACAGAAGCUGAAGUAUCAUGCCUUUCAGACGCUAUUGAAGCAUGCUGUCUGGAAGUGGAAGUUCCAGUCGCCAAGACUCUCGCAAAAGCUUCAGCGUUCACAAAAACUCAUGUGGAAGUAUGAGAAUUAUAUGCAAGAACAAGAUCUGUUCGAUGGCAGCUCCGAGUCCUUGCGGCUCGCAGGCACCAGAAACUCACCCGCCAAUUCGUUCCGAAGCAUCUUUUUAAGAUGGAUACAGUUCGCGCAGUGCUCUAAAGCACGAGAAACGAUCGUCAAAUUAUCUCGCCGGAAGCGUGAAAUAUGGUCGAUGCACACAGUGUUUCAUGCUCUUAAGAACCGAGUCAAGGUUAAGUACACCUACGCAGAACGUUGCGCUCUUCUGCCAUAUCUGUGGAGGCAAUGCAUGGUCGAUUUGGAUACGUAUCACUGUAAAAUCAUCGCGUUGGAACAACGAUUACCAUCCUCGCACCUAAGAGCUCAAUUGACUCACACCCGAAAGUUAAUGCGGGAGACAGCGAUCAGCUCUCCAACACUAAAGAAGCUUUUUCAAGACCACGAGAACGAAGUUCGCUUACGAUUGCAAUUGGAGAAGCGAUUAAUGCUGGCUGCGUACAGUGAACGCGCGGUGCACAAACACGCAGAACGUUCAUCCAGUCUUUUCGGUACGACGGCAGGGAAGCCUUUCACGCACGACAAAGUGCCACCGUUCGGCAGUAUCAGUGAAGUUGGUAUCAUUUGCGGCAAGAAAGUGGAUGGGAUCUGUGUCGUGCUCAAGGCAAGCGGACAAGCGAAUAUUGAAGGCUCGAUACAUGGGAAUCCGUUCGGAACUCAUGAGGUCUUUUCGCUGGGCAGAGGUGAGAAACUCGUUAGCAUCGAAGGUUUUGCUUCCCAGUCAAUCUAUGGACUACGCUUCGGUACGAGUGUCGGGCGGUAUUCAAAGUGGUUUGGCCAUUGUGAGAAAGGGUCGAAAUUCGAGGUCCACAGCGACUUUUUCAGCAAUCGAGAAGAAAUUGUGGGGUUCUUUGGACAUGCCGACAACGCUUCUAUCAAUUCUUUAGGCGUUGUGAUGAGGCACACGACCAUCAAGAACCCGUUUGAAGGCUUGUGGGUGCUAAAAGACAAUCACACGCAGCACAAUAUGCUGCAGCAGUCCCCACAUCGAGGAUCAGUUGACGAAUUGCCAUUAAGCGAUCGACAAUUCGCCUAUUUCCUGCAGGUUCGUGCCUGCGAGGUGUUGAUGAUUAUGGAGAGAGCACAUUUAUUUGCUAUCCGCGCGUACAAAAUCGAAGACACGUUGCCUCCUGCGCUUGGGAACAUGCGGAUCAUUAUGGCGAUGGCUCGGUGGAUGCUCAACGCGCUUUCGCACGGAUUGGUCCAGCGUACUGAGCGUGAGGAGGAAGGAAAGCAGAUUCUGAUAAGUGGACAAGAGAAGUACGCUGUCGGAGAGAAGCUGCUGUCUGACGGAACAAACACGAUGCAGAUCGUGGACGGAUUCCGCGAUUCUGCGGGUCAGCUGGACGCAGCGACACUUGGAGUCAAGAAGAUCAUCGAGUUGAAGGACAAGAUGACUCAGGCUCAGCAGCAAAUGGUACAGGGUGAACGACUGAGAGAUGAAGGCCAGCACGAGAUUAUGAGAAGUCAACGAUUCCUGCCACAUCUCCCGACUACGAAGCGCAUGAUCUCCGCUAUUCGGACGAUGUACAAGGUAGUGCAAACCAAGGACGAGAUCGACCACAUGAAUCCAGAAUUGAGAUCAUUUCUUCUGCUCAAGAAAAGUGGAAGAUCCGAAGGUGAAGCUCUUUGA